AUGCGGACGAAGGCCGGGAACCGCCGGUCCAUGGUGCUCGCGCCGACGGUGACGAUCCAGGGGGCCUCAUUGGCGACGGAGCCCGGCGCCGGCCCGUUGUUCCCCGCCGCGCAGAUCACCACCACACCCUUCUCCAUGGCGCGGAAGGCGCCGAUGGCGAUGUUGUCCUCGAAGAGUGGGAGCGGGAAUCCCCCCAGGGAGAGGGAAAGCACGUCGACGCCGUCGCUGAUGGCGUCGUCGAUCCCGGCGAGGAUGUCGGAGCUGUAG